AUGUUUCAAUUUCUGUUACUUUUAAUAGUGUCAAUUGGUUUUGGUAACGCUGCCAACAUUUUGUAUAUUGAUGGAGUUGCUUCACCGAGUCAUUUUAUUUGGCACCGUGCACUUAUGUACGGGUUGGCGGCAAAAGGUCACAAUGUGACGGCGUUGAGCGUAGAUGUUGAGUUGAAACCACCGCCGAACGUAACCUUUAUCAAAGUCGAAGGGGUGUACGAAGCUUUUCACGAGAACAAUACGGAAUUGACCGAUUUCUUGUCUAUGACAGAUAUCAACCCGUUUUCCAUGCUGUACUUGUUCAGCGAUUAUGUUACACAUGGUUGCGAGUUUUCGUUGAAAUCUAAAGGACUUCAACAGAUCUUGGAUUAUCCAAAAGAUUUUAAAUUCGACUUGAUUAUCAACGAUUAUCUUCAAGGUCCGUGCAUGGUUUCACUAGCCCAACAUAAAUUUGGUCGUCCUCCGCUUAUUGCUGCGACAGCAUUCCACGGUUUAACGACGACAACUUCAAUGUCCGGAGCUUACUCCUACUCUGGAAUGGUUCCAAACCACGAAUUUGAUGCCCCUGAACGGAUGACCUACUUCCAGCGAUUCAUGAAUUUCUUUUACAACCACUGGGAGGAACUUCUGAAGGACUAUCAAGUUACACCAGCUGUGCAUAAAUUAGUUCGACAGGUGAUGCCAGAUAUUCCGUACGUUGGAGAAUUUGAAAAGGAUACGCGAAUCGUUCUACUCAAUUCCAAUCCAAUUAUUCAAUAUUCGGAGCCUUCAAUGCCCGAGCCUUCAAUGCCCAACGUUAUCUCAGUCGGUGGAUUGCAAAUAAUUAAACCAAAAGAACUUCCAGCGGAUAUUAAAAGUGUGGUGGAAAAAUCCACAAAUGGAGUAAUUUUGUUUUCGUUAGGAACUAACAUUCGCAGCGAUUUAUUGGGUAACAAACGAAUCAUAGAAAUUUUGAGUGCAAUGAAGCAAUUUCCACAGUAUCAGUUUUUGUGGAAAUUUGAAUCCGAUAGCAUGCCAAUUGAAGUUCCGGAAAACGUCUACAUUCGAAAGUGGAUGCCACAGAAUGAUUUACUCGCACAUCCGAACGUAAAGUUGUUCAUCACUCAUAGUGGUCUUUUAAGUACCCAGGAGGCAAUUUGGCAUGGUGUUCCAAUAAUUGGAUUUCCAGUGUUUGCAGACCAAAACCGUAACAUAAACUACUGCUCCGAAAUGGGUGUGGGCAAACGUUUAUCAAUCGCCAAUGUUAACCGUAAUGAUCUUGCUAAUGCUAUUCGGGAGGUAAUGACCGAUAAAAGGUACCGCAACAAUAUGGCUCGUUUGUCAAAGCUUUUCCGGGACCAAAAGGAACAUCCCCUCGAUCGCGCUAUUUGGUGGGUGGAGUGGGUCCUUCGUAAUCCCGAUAACCGUAUUCUGCAGUCAAAUGCCAUAAAUUUGAGUUGGUUUGUAAAGUAUUCGUUCGAUGUUAUUGUGCCCUGCUUGCUACUGCUGGUGGCAGUUUCAGUAUUGGUCUGCAAAAUCAUUAGAAAAGUAUCACUUACAAAAGUGAAACCAGCGAAAUCGAAACACGAAUAA